GGACUGCAGGGUGAGGUUCGGGGCUCAGACAGGAGACAGACACACACAGGAUGAGGACGCUGCUGCUGCUCGUUCUGGCUUUCGCUUCAGCCACUGCUAUUACAGGACAAAGAAGUCAGUUCACACGUUAUCGAUCAUGGAACUCGCGGACUUAUCCAGUGUGGAAAGAUGGCGACCCGAGAUUCAGAAACUGCUGGUCUGGUGGAGAAGUGACCUUCACUCUGAAGAAUGACGCUCCCACACUGACUGGAGCAAAAGCAAGCUUCACAAUUGAUCUCAGCUUCCCUCCAAACCAGACGGUGCGAGCUGACGGACAGGUGGUCUGGGCCCAGAACUGCACCGUCAAUGGCCGACAGUACCAGGAGGGUCAGGCUGUAUAUCCCAACCAAGACACCGAUCGGACUGGAGUUUUCCCUGACGGCACACCUUUCUCCAGGACCCGGACCCGGAAACCACAAUACGUUUAUGUGUGGAAGGCAUGGGGGCGAUACUGGCAGGUGGCAGACGGACCAUCCUCCUCGCUCAGCAUCAACACCGACAAUGUCCCGCUGGGCUCCUACAACAUGGAGCUGGUCAUCUACCACUGCCGGGGCCAGGACAGGUUCAUCCCCCUCGGCUACGCCUCCUCAGUGUUUACUAUCACAGAUCAGGUUCCUUUCACCAUAUCACUCGCCCAAGUCAACGACGUGAACCAGAACGACCAGAGCUUCAUCCAGAACCAAGCCAUCGGGUUCACCGUCAAUCUCCACGACCCCAGCCAGUACUUGAGCAGCGCAGACAUCAGCUUCAGCUGGGACUUCGGCGACAACAGCGGUACUCUGAUCUCCCGAGAGCGCACAGUCACGCACACGUACGUUACAGUCGGGACCUUCAACCCUCAAGUGGUUUUGAUGGCGAGCAUCCCCUGUUUGAAUCCCACUGCUGCUGCUCCUGUUGAUGCCUCAGCUGCUCCAGCAGUGGUUGUGAUUCCCUCCACACCAGCAGCCGCUGCUGCUGCUGCCGCUGAGGGAGGAGAUGCCAUUGCUCUGGAUGUGGAUACCUCUGACGCCACUCCCCUGGCUGCGUCUGUGCAGCCGGACGACGCAGCCACAAACACGGAAGACGGCGGAGCAGCUGCUGAUGCAGAUGCAGCAGCUGAGGAAGUCGCCCCCGCCAACGCUGCCGAGGCCGACGCAGCCGCCACUCCGGCAGAAGAAGAAGGAGCUGCCGUUCCUGCUGCAGAGGAGGCAGACGCUGGAGCUGAAACAGAGGCGACGGCAGCAGACGAGGCCCCGGCUGCCUCUGUUGCACCGGCGGUGGAGGAGACAGCAGACGCUGCUGCAGCUGCUGCAGAUGAAACGGCUGUGGUGGUCGACGCUGCUGAAGAGAAUGUGCCUGUGAUCGACGCGGCUGCUUCGGCUGCCCCGGCCGCAGAAGGAGAAGAAGCUGCAGCCGAAGUCGUUGAGACCAUCACUGCUGCGCCUGUGGAGGAAGCAGCUGCAGAACCAGAAGCUGAUGUGACCGCCGAGGCCGAGGCCGAAACUGCUGCUGCUGCUGCUGAAACUGACACUGCCGUUGAAGCUGCUGAGCCUGCCGCAGAGGUCGUCCAGGCCGAAACCGAAGCCCCUGCAGACAAUGUUGUUGCUGUGGCAGCUACUGAGCCCACGGCCGUAGAAGCAGCAGCAGGCGAAGCUGUCGAAGCUGAAGUCACGGAGAACGAAGUUGCAGCCACCGCAGCGGCCACAGGUGAAGAAGCGGCUGUUCCAGCUGAGGGCGAAGUGGAAGCAGAUCCAGCGCAACCUGCUCUCGUUUUGACCAAAAGACAAGCGCCAGAGCUGACAGCUGAUUGCACCGUCUACCGCUACGGCUCCCGCGCUGCAUCCGUGGACGUUGUCCAGGGUAUUGAAAGUGUGGAGAUUGUGCAGGUUUCCAGUGUCGUGUCACUGACGACGGAGCUGGAUCAGAACGCUGUGGAUGUCACCAUCGCCUGUCAGGGAAGCCUGCCCAGUGAAGUGUGCACCGUCAUCUCUGAUGCUGACUGUAUCACUCCGGUGCAAACCAUCUGUAACGCGGCUUCGCCUUCUCCAGACUGUCAGAUGAUCCUUCGUCAGUUCUUCAACGAGACCGGAGUUUUCUGCCUCAACGUCUCUUUAACUAACGACGUCAGUCUCGCCGUGGCCAGUGCUCGAGUCAAUGUGGCACUCGCCUCUGGCGGCUCUCCAGCCGGGACCGCCGCUACAGUGCUGGGAGUGAUGGUCCUCGCUUGUGUCGUCUGCUGUAUCGGGUUGAUGUACAGGCGGUUCAAGCAGUACCAGCCACUGAGAGAGGACGGCACGGCGAGCAGCGGGGGCAGCUCUGCAGUCACGUCAGUGCCGCUGCUGCUGUGGAACCUGCUGAGUCGACACUCGCCAGGAGAGAGCCGGCCUCUGCUUCAGGGGAGGAUCGUGUAAAUACCUUCAUCGGAUUGUGCGCUCAAUGUCUGCAACACACGCCAACGUCUCCUUUAUAUAAGUACUACUGUCCGAGGUGAUCCUCUUAUACGCCCGGCCAUUAAAACCAGAAAUAAUUAGGAGAAGUGGAGCAGCCCUACAUCACAGAGCAAUUUGUUUGAUUAAAAAAAAAAAUGGAAUAAAACUGUUCAAACAUCUGUGGGACAAACAUUCAACGUGAGCUGUAAUAUUUUUAUUAAUUGGCAUUGAUAGUUUAUAGAAGGCGUAUCCUAUCUCUCAUGGCCUGUUUUUACUAAACCCAGUAACCUUAAAAGACGUUUAUCGCCCAUUUCUCCACAAGGUAAUUUAA